GUAGUCGGAAAGAAGUUCGAAGAACUCGUCAUUAUUUACUUGUGAGGAUACAAUGAAUGAUUUAAGUACAAUAAGUGAUGAGGAAUUCGUUCCAUUCCUCAAAAGUCUAGGUGUGGAAACUUAUAAUAAGUCGUUUGGAUGGCUGUUAAGUGAUCCAGAUUACGAGGGUGUUCUAGGAUGGAUUUACAAUAAUUUAGAUCAAAACAAUGCAUUAACUGCUCGGGAAGAAUACAGAUACUCAGAGCUUGAGAAGCAAGGCAAAGUACUGUCACCAGAAGAUUUAGAAACACAGUUGCAUCAUUUGCAAGACGAGUUCAAAGGACUCUGUUUACCAGGAGACCAGGAUGGAUUGGAAGAUGUUACACUUGAUAUUAGAAUGCAGAAGGAGAAACUGGCAAUGCUGAAUAAACAGGAGGAGAUACUUAAAGAAUUGAUACAGCAGAAUGAGGCUACUAAUCAAGAACUCACCAUGGAGUUAACAAAGCUCAACGCUGCUCAAAAACUAGCUGCUGAUGAUGAGAGGUCAAUGGGGGAAGAGUGUGUGAAGCUGGCAAAGCAGGUGGAGGCUGUAACAGAUGACAUCAUUGAUACAAUAUCAGAUGCUCUGAAUGUAUAUGGGAACUGUGCUGUUGAUAAGGGCUUAGCAAAAAGGUUCUUUACAUACGGCCCCUUCGAGUCAUACAAGCAGACGCAAGAGCUGUUUAAGUCGCACUUCGAUCUGUUCACAUCCCUGAAGUUUGAUGCUAAACACAAUGACACUGCCAGUGAUGAAGUGAGGAUUGCGGUCAGAGAAGCGAGGGAUAUGGAGGAAAGGUUAUCAGAUGCAGUUUCCGCGUUUAUAGAAUCAAAGGCAGAACUUUCCGGAGAGCAAGCAAAGCUGGUCCUAAUUUCCAACUACGACAGUGGUCGACAGUCUAGUGUCACAUCACAAGAAGCUCACAAAAGCGCAAUUCAAUUAUUGGAGCAAGAGGAAUCGAUACUCGAGCAGCAGAUACAAAACGCGAUAAAGCGUUUUGUUGACAGACGAACCAGUUUAGCUGUGGAGAACAUCGCCAGAUCCGCAUUAGCUGAUAGAGAGAUAAUCUACAAAGAUCUAACGUUCCUACAAGAUGUGACCAAUCACGCGGUGGCUUUGGACACGUUGCUGUAUUGGGCCCUCCGGCGGGAACUGCAUUCAGCCGAGGAGCUGUUAUACUUCGCCUCUCACCUCAGGGUGUAUCUAAUACAGGAAACCGAGUUUAUUUCUGAUAGAAUUAAAUCAAUGAACGAUACAUGCACGGAACAAGACUUAGCCGAGGUUAACCUGGAAAGUUCAGAUGUACUUCUAAAUAGUCUUUUCUCGAUACUGGACGGGGAGCCCUGUGGCGAUCCCAAACUACCUAUCAAACUUUACAAUGAUAUGCGGAGGAAGAUACGAGAGACGAAAGAUGAGAUACAAUAUGGAUACGAGAUGAAGGAAGCAGCAUUGGAUGAAAUUAAAAAGCGCGCGAAACCUCUGCACAAAUUGAUCUGGGACGGUUGCACCAAACAGCCGAACUGUUACAACAGGACCGUGUCAUCAUUAAACCACGCUUUGACACACAAAAUGGCGACUAUCGAUACCAAGGUGCACGAGAUUAGUGAAACCUUCAAUAAUGUUAAGGUUGGCGAUGUACAUAACGUGAGGAAACUAUGGCAGUGGUUCAUUGCGGAUCCUACCAGGCUCGCAGCGGCCAUGAGAUAUGCAUCUCGUGACAAACACACGUGACAUACCUUUCGUGGUGACAAGUGAUAUAUAUUAUCAUAUUUUAGGUUAGUUAUAUUUUAUAGUCGUUAUUU